UUAAGAGAGAUAAUUACCGUUUUUCAAACAGGUUUACAUAUGUUAAAGACAAGGAAAAAAAAAAACUUCUCUCCAAAAUUGAUAUUAACUUCAAAAUCAAUUGAAUUGUAGUAUAACACAUGAAUAAAUGGAAGUUUGAGAUUGCAACACCCCAAUUAAAUUCUUAUUUUCUAAUGUUACUCUCUCUUUAUUUGUUUCAUUUGUUUGCUAGAUCAUCAUUCAAAACAUGAAGCUCUCAACUUCCUCCUAUCAUGCAUCCACAUCCACAUCAUCAUCAUCAUCAUCAUCCACCAUAACUAUGCACAAUUCCAAAAGCACCACCAAUGCAGGGUGUCUCAUAAGCAUUUUUCGCAAGAUUCUUUGUUCUCGUGGCGUUCCAACACAGUCAUCAGAUCAAACUAGAGAACUUCGUGCCUCAAAUUCAAUGGGAAGUGGAAAAGCUCAAGACUUGAAUGCUGAGGCUGGUGCUGCUUCUACUACUACUCCUGGGAUAGUGGCAAGGUUGAUGGGUUUGGAAUCAAUAGCAUCAUCAGAGAUGCCCUGUUCAUCAAAACCAGGUUCACUUUCGCGUAGCCGAUCAAUGAAUUCUAUGGAUCAGGAUUACUUGGGAGAUUGCAAUGGAAUGCAGGGUCUGCAAAAGAAGGUUAAGUCCACAUUGUCAUUUAGGGAGGUGCCAACUUUUCUUUUGAUUGAAAAUGAAAAGUUUUUGGUGUUUAGCUUUGAAAAUGGAGGUGAGAGCAGAGCAUUCAAGUCCACUGGGAGAAAAAAUGAAAUUGGCUAUCCAGAACUGAAGCAGAAAGUGCCAACAAAGAGGGGUGAGUUGAAGGAAAAUAAGAGAGAAAAAGUGUGUGAUAAGAAGAAGGGGCAAAUGAGCAGAAGGGUGUGUGAUGUGUCUUGUGGAAAUGUUAGAAAUGAUGGUAAACUUCAAGAUAUCACCAACACUCUGCAUGUGUCCAAGGAUUCAUCUGAAAAUAAAUGUUUUGAUUCAGAAGCAUUGAAAUUGUCACAGUCACAGCACUUGAUCAAUUGCAAGGAAGUUGUGAUUGGUGGAAAGAAGAAGAGAAAGAAGAAGAAAACAAAUUGUCAAACAGAAAACAAGAUAGAAGUCGAAUGCAAAUCACAAGAUUCAAGUCCAGUUUCUGUCCUUGAUUUUGAGCGUGAAGCUUGCGGAAAAGUUGGUUUGAAUUCAAGAAGGAAAUUGUCAGCAGAGCUUGAAAAUGAUCAGAAUUUUCAUCUUCGUUCUGAUGAUAAUUUGGUGAUUGAUGAAAGGAAGGUCAAGGCAACUGAGAACACCAAAUUUGGAGGACCAAAGGAGUAUACAGGUAUUAGGGGUGAAAUUUGCAGGCUAGUUGAAGAUGAUUUAGCUCGAUCAAAUCAGAUACAUGGAUGGAUGAAUGAGCAAUGUGAAUUAGAAAGUUUGAGUGCAGAAUUUGAGUCAGAAAUUUUUGAUCAAUUGUUAAAUGAGCUGAUGGUUGAACUUGUUGGGCAUUCCCACUCACAAGUUUGCAACUUCAAGAUUUUGUAACAUGAGGAAAAAUUGAGUAAAUUAAUGAAGUGUAAAAAGAUUUUAA